AUGGAUGAUUCGAGGAGAUUUUUUUGGGAUAUGAGACACUUGCUAAAAUCAUGGAUCCCAUGGAGGUCCGAGACAGUACAUGUGUCGAGGGAUUUCUGGAUGCCCGACCAGAGUUGCAUGGUAUGCUAUGAAUGUGAUGCACAUUUCACCUUGUUUAACCGCAGGCAUCAUUGUAGACACUGCGGGAGAAUUUUCUGUGCAAAAUGCACUUCGAAUUGGGUUCCUACAGAGCCUAGUGAACCAAGUGCAUCAUUGAGAGAAUGGGAUAAAGUCAGGGUCUGUAACUACUGUUUCAGGCUCUGGAAGCAAGGUCUGACGGCCUCUGUUGAUAAUGGGCCACAGGUUUCUACCCAGGAUGUUAUCAGUACUUCACCUUCGUUAACCAGUUUCUUUAGCACCAAGUCUAGUGGAACUUGUGGUAGUAAUGGCAUUGCAUUUGCAUCCAUCUCACUGUCUGCCAAACUCAGCCCUCAUCAGUCAGCAAUAUUAGAAACAGCUUUGGAAAGACGCAGUGUCUCAGAAGUGAUUGCAAAUGAUCAUAGUGUGGAUAUAGCAGAACAUAAUAGCCCUGAAAAUCAGUUUGGGUAUACCCAACACAGGAGCGAUGACGAAGAAGAAGAAGAAUAUAGAAUGCCUCUCUACAGUUCCAGAACCAGUACUUAUUCUCAAGUCAGUGGCUACUGUGGUCACGAUCACUUGGAUGAUAUCAACAGUGAGUACAAGUCAUGUAAAGUUCAUCCUGAUGGAUAUGCUGUUGAUUUGAAAAGUACAAGCAGCUCCCCAGUGCAGCAACAGGGUUAUGAUUCCGGAGCUUGUGAAGAAGAGGGGAGGCAGAUUGUCAGUAAAGAAUCUGAACACGACAUUGGCGAUGAAUGUGAGGCACUUUCUUCUUCUUUAUAUGUGGCUGGAGAUGUCAACUGUGAACCUGAGGAUUUCGACAAGAAUGGAGUUCUUUGGGUGCCACCUGAGCCAGAAGAUGAAGAAGACGAGAAGGAAGCAAUUGUAGUUGAGGAGAAUGAAAAUGAGGGUGCGAAUGCUAUUGGAGAAUGGGGAUAUUUGCACAAUUCAAGCAGUUAUGAGGAACACAAGAGAGCGAUGAAGAGUGUGGUUGGCGGUCAUUUUCGGGCUUUAGUAGCCCAGCUGUUGGAGGUGGAGAAUCUCCUUACUACAGAGGAUAAAAAUGAAAAGGAGAGUUGGCUAGAAAUAAUUACAGCAUUGUCUUGGGAGGCUGUUAUGUUGUUAAAGCCUGAUACAAGCAAAGGGGGGCAAAUGGACCCUGCUGGCUAUGUUAAAGUUAAAUGUUUGGCUUCAGGGCUUCGAAAUGAGAGUUUUGUGGUCAAAGGAAUUGUCUGCAGGAAAAAUGUGGCUCACCGGCGGAUGAAAUCCAAAAUAGAGAAACCUCGCUUGCUGAUCCUUGGAGGAGCUCUUGAAUAUCAGCGGGUUUCUAAUGCCCUUUCAAGCUUGGAUACACUGUUGCAACAGGAAACGGAUCAUCUUAAAAUGGCGGUUGCAAAGAUAGAAACACACAAUCCCAACAUUCUUCUCGUGGAGAAAUCAGUUUCACGAUACGCACAAGAGUACCUUCUUGCAAAAGGCAUAUCACUUGUUUUAAAUAUCAAAAGAUCACUUUUGGAGCGUAUAUCCCGCUGCACUGGUGCUCAAAUUGUGCCUUCUAUCGAUCAUCUAUCACCACAUAAAUUAGGAUAUUGUGACAUAUUCCAUGUGGAGAGAUGUUUAGAAGAGCAUGGCAGUGCUGGUCAGGCUGGGAAGAAGCUGGUGAAGACACUGAUGUACUUUGAAGGCUAUUCAAAGCCACUAGGUUGCACGAUAUUACUUCGGGGUACCAAUGGGGAUGAGCUGAAGAAAGUGAAGCAUGUUGUACAAUAUGGUGUUUUUGCAGCUUACCACUUGGCUCUGGAGACAUCUUUUCUAGCUGAUGAAGGUGCCUCUCUGCCUGAACUUCCAUUGAGCUCCCCAAUCACUGUGGCACUUCCAGAAAAGCCAUCCAAUAUUGAGAGAUCAAUCUCAACUGUACCUGCCCCAACAAGUGAAAACAACCAUGGACCUCACAAUGUUGAACUACAAAGGUCUAGUAGUGUUCCCACUUCAGAACUGUUCAAGAUAAUGAGUACAGCAGCCUUGCCUGAGAAAGAAUGUUGUUCCGAGAACUUUCCAGCUCCUAUGAGCUCUCAGUAUGCCAAGUCCUUUGUCUUGUCUUCUGCAGAAAGCUUUCUGGAUUCUACUUGGAACACUCCAUCUCCUUGCCCUGCAUCUGGCGAUCAAAGCCCUGUUAAUGCGGCAGCGUCAUCAGAGGCAAAACGCUAUGAAACAGAAAGUGUUGCUGUUGAAGGAAAUGGCCAUAACUUAGAUCUAAACAUACUUAGUAUGCAAAAUGAUUCCUCUGAUGAUUGUAAGAAAAAUAUUUCAGAUCCACUGCAUUUGCAACUUGAUGGAAAAGUUACUGAGGAACAGCCUGCUUUAAAAGAAGAGUUCCCACCUUCUCCUUCAGACCAUCAAAGCAUCUUAGUCUCCUUAUCAUCAAGAUGUGUCUGGAAGGGAACUGUCUGUGAAAGAUCUCAUCUAUUCCGGAUCAAAUAUUAUGGUAGCUUUGACAAACCACUGGGACGUUUUCUGCGUGACCAUUUGUUUGACCAGAAUUAUGUAUGCCCCUCAUGCGGGAUGCCUGCUGAAGCUCAUGUUCAGUGUUAUACUCACCAGCAAGGGAGCCUAAUGAUAUCUGUGAAAAAACUAUCUGAUGUUCUUUUACCUGGAGAACAAGAUGGAAAAAUAUGGAUGUGGCAUCGGUGCCUGAGAUGUCCAAGAAUUGGUGGCCACCCUCCUGCAACUAGAAGGGUGGUGAUGUCUGAUGCUGCCUGGGGAUUGUCAUUUGGAAAGUUUUUGGAGCUUAGUUUUUCAAACCAUGCUGCUGCUAGCAGAGUGGCAAGUUGUGGCCAUUCUUUACAUAGAGAUUGUCUUCGUUUUUAUGGAUUUGGACAAAUGGUAGCCUGUUUUCGUUAUGCUUCAAUUAAUGUUCAUCAAGUGUACCUGCCUCCCCACCAACUUGAUUUCAACUAUGAAAACCAGGAGUGGCUUGAAAAAGAAUUGAAUCAGGUAGUUGGGAGUGCAGAACAUCUGUUCACUGAGGUGCGCAAUGCCAUUCAACUUCUGAAAGGGAAAAAUUCUGGCUCUGAUCCUGAAUCAGCUGUUCAGAUGCCAGAUUUAGAAGGGCUAUUGCUAAAGGAGAAGUUAGAAUUUGAGGCAACAAUCCAGAAAAUUCAAAGCAAGGGCCCAACAAAAGGCGAACCUACCAUUGAUAUUCUUGAGCUCAAUCGACUUAGAAGACAACUAAUCUUCCAGUCUUAUAUAUGGGACCAUCGUUUGGUAUGUGCAGCUGCUGAUGUUGAGAACCAAUCUAGUCAGGCUGCCUCUACUCAGAAACCUUUAGGUGAUGCAGAGAAGAUUUUUGGCAUAAAUGUCCCAGAUAGGACUAGUAAAAGUUUGGAUUUUUCUGAAUACAUUCCUGCAGAUCUGAACCCUGAAAAAAAUAAUGAUCGUGGGGCGAGUGAUAUGGCUGAUCAAAGUUCCGAUGAAUCUGUGAACUUUGAUCAAGGAAAUGAAAAGUUACCGGCUCCUUCUAAUGGGGCAAAGACUAUUGAUGAAUCUGAUCCUCUGAUAUCAGGUGUUACUGUUCGCCGAACUCUAUCCGAUGGGACUCGUGUAUGUUUAUCGGAUACUCUUGAUGCCGCAUGGACGGGCGAGAGUCAUCCAAGUAUGAGGAUCCCCAAGAACAAGAGUUUUUCUGGUUUAGCUGAAGUGGAUGCUUCAUUGUCAAGCGUAACAGACAAGUGGGACAUGCAAAGCCAUAGAGACGACCUUAGUCUAUUCAAGUUACCACAAUUGCCUUUCAAGAGUUGCACCAAAGUUUCUGAUAAUGUGGACGAUACUAAGAGCUGGUUAAGCAUGCCAUUUCUUAGUUUUUAUCGGACAUUCAAUAAGAACUUCUCCGGGAGUGUUCAGAAACUGGAUGCAUAUGAUCCAGUAUACAUUUCUUCGUUUCGGGAAUCUGAACUUCAAAGUGGAGCCAGGUUGCUUCUUCCCGUGGGAGUUAAAGACACGGUUGUUCCUGUGUACGAUGAUGAGCCGACAAGCAUGAUAUCUUUUGCACUCAUUUCACAUGAUUAUCAUACCCAACUGAAAGAUGAGUCUGACAGACAGAAGAAGGCUGUAGACUCCACAUUGUCAUCUUCUUCCUCGUCAUCUACUCAGCACUCCAAUGAUUCAGGGACUACUCAUUUAAGUCAAUCUUUGGAUGAAACUGCGCCGGAGAACAAAGGUGCUUUAUCAGGAGACGAGAGCGUGCCAUCCUCAACAGAUUCUCAUGCUUCAUUCCCUUUGGAUCCGGUUGCAUACAUGAAAGCUAUGCAUGCUAGAGUGAGUUUUUCAGACGAUGGACCCCUUGGGAAGGUUAAAUAUACAGUUACUUGUUAUUUUGCUAAGCGCUUUGAAACCUUAAGGAAAAUAUGUUGUCCGUCUGAGAUGGAUUAUAUUAGAUCACUUAGCCGCUGUAAGAAGUGGGGAGCUCAAGGCGGGAAGAGCAAUGUCUUUUUCGCCAAGACUUUGGAUGAUCGAUUCAUCAUCAAACAAGUGACCAAGACUGAACUCGAAUCAUUCAUCAAGUUUGCUCCUGAUUAUUUCAAAUAUCUUUCAGAAUCAAUAAGCACCGGAAGCCCAACAUGCCUGGCAAAGAUCCUUGGGAUCUAUCAGGUUGCAUCGAAACAUAUUAAAGGAGGGAAGGAAACCAAAAUGGACUUCCUGGUAAUGGAAAAUCUUCUGUUCAGAAGGAAUCUGGCACGACUUUAUGAUCUCAAAGGAUCUUCUAGAUCACGAUACAAUGCUGAUUCUUCUGGAAGUAACAAAGUUUUGUUGGACCAAAACUUGAUUGAAUCAAUGCCUACUUCGCCAAUAUUUGUUGGAAAUAAAGCCAAAAGACUGUUGGAAAGAGCAGUGUGGAAUGAUACUGCUUUUCUGGCAUCUGUUGAUGUAAUGGACUACUCACUAUUAGUAGGGGUUGAUGAAGAGAAGCGAGAGCUGGUUCUCGGGAUCAUAGACUUUAUGAGGCAAUACACGUGGGACAAGCACUUGGAAACCUGGGUGAAAGCAUCGGGAAUUCUUGGAGGCCCCAAAAAUGCCUCUCCCACAGUCAUUUCUCCAAAGCAAUACAAGAUGAGAUUCAGGAAAGCCAUGACUACCUAUUUUUUGAUGGUGCCAGAUCAAUGGUCACCUACUAAAGCUGUCCAUAACACAGUGCAAACAGAAGCGCCCGAAGAUAAUUCAGAACAUACACCAGGUAUGACAUCUGUUGAGUAGGUGAAGGUGAUUCCCCACCUCAUUCACUUACUAAUGUUUAUACAUGUAUAUGCAUAUAUGUAUGUAUAUGUGUGUGUGUGUCUAUUUUUU